GGUGAACGACCCGGAUGUUGACGAGUGACGCCUGGAUGCGGUUAGACCACGCUGCUGCAGCAGCAAUGGACGCCUUCGAGUUGUUUCGAAAACUUGGAUCCGGAGCUAAGUUCGACCUGAAGAGGUUCGGUAAAGACGCUGCUCGGUUCAAGGUCGCCAGAUCUCAAGUAGGGGAAGCGUCCGCAGAUGCUUUUUCUGGGAUCGAUUACUUCGGCACGGGACUAACCAGUAGAUCCCAGAGUGGUUCUGUAGGACUGGAUAAGAAGAAGAAGAAGAAGGAUGAUGGUGAUGCUGCUGACGAAGACGAGGAAGAAUAUGAAGUGGAAAGUGAAGCUUCGGGGCCAGGAGGAAAAAGGAAGCAAAGAGAUGAAGAGAAAGACGUGAGCAGAGUAAAGAAAAUGGCAAAAAACAACCAGGUGGAAGACACCUGGGGAAGCGGCAUCACCUGGACCACCUCAUUAGACAGAAAGAUCUCAAACCUGCCGAGUGAUGGGAAGGAGAAAUCCUCACUGAAGAGGCUAAAGCACCUUCAUCAGGAGAAGGUCAAUCGUAUUCGCUCUCAACACCAUAUAAACGUGCACGGCUGCGACGUUCCGGACCCUGUGUGCACGUUUGAGGACCUCCAGGCUGAGUAUAGUCUCAACCCAUGCAUCCUUCAGAACCUCAAAGACGCAGGGCUGACGUCGCCGACGCCAGUUCAGAUGCAGGCGAUACCGCUCAUGAUGCAUGGUCGGGAGCUCCUUGCCUGCGCUCCCACCGGAUCAGGAAAGACUUUGGCUUUCUGUCUCCCGAUGCUCGCACAACUGCAGCAGCCGGCGAACCUGGGCUUCAGAGCUGUGGUCAUCUCCCCGACCAGAGAACUGGCCAACCAGACCUACAGAGAGCUGCUGCGCAUGUCCGAGGGAGUCGGAUUUAGAGUUCACAUCAUAGACAAAGCGUCUCUGGCAGCCAAGAAGUAUGGACCACAGUCCAACAAAAAAUACGAUAUACUCGUCAGUACUCCAAACAGACUCGUCUUCCUUCUCAAGCAGGAUCCUCCAGCUCUCGACCUCAGCAGUGUGGAGUGGCUGAUUGUGGACGAGUCCGAUAAGCUAUUUGAGGGCGGUAAGAGCGGCUUCAGGGAGCAGCUCGCCGCAGUUUUUCUGGCGUGUUCUGGAUCAAUGGUGCGCAGGGCUUUCUUCAGCGCCACAUGCUCGCCUGAUGUGGAGCAGUGGUGCCGUCUGAACCUCGACAACCUGGUGUCUGUCAACAUUGGACACAGAAAUGCAGCAGUUGCGACGGUGGAACAGGAGCUGCUGUUUGUCGGGACGGAGAACGGCAAACUGUUGGCCAUGAGGGAAAUCAUCCAAAAAGGUUUCCUGCCUCCCAUGCUGGUGUUUGUGCAGUCGAUAGACCGAGCGCGGGAGCUUUUCCACGAGUUGGUGUACGAAGGAAUCAAUGUAGACGUGAUCCACGCAGAGCGCACACAGCAGCAGAGAGACAACGUAGUGCACAGUUUCAGGUCUGGAAAAAUUUGGGUGUUGAUCUGCACAGCUCUGCUCGCCAGAGGAAUCGACUUCAAAGGAGUCAAUCUCGUGCUGAACUACGACUUCCCUACCAGCGCUGUGGAGUACAUCCACCGAAUUGGUCGGACUGGUAGAGCUGGCCAUCAGGGAAAGGCCACCACCUUCUUCACAGAGGAUGACAAGCCGCUGCUACGCAGCAUCGCUAAAGUCAUAAAACAAGCUGGUUGUCCUGUACCCGAGUACAUGAUUGGCUUAAAAAAAAUACACAGUAAAGUGAAGCGGAGACUUGAGAAGAAGCCCCCCACAAGAACCACCAUUUGCACAACUCCUCGCUUCUUAAUGAAGAACAAAGGCAAAGCACCAAUUAAAGGACAGAAAGGAGAGAAGCGGCUUCCAGCAGCAGCAGCAGCAGCGCAGCAGCAAGGAGAGAAGAAGACAAAAGGACAGCAGCUGAAGGGAAGAAAAAAUACACCGAAUGACGGGAGUGAAAAGCACAAGAAGGUGUCUCCUAAGACGGCUUCAAAAUCCCCUGGAGCCAAAAAAGAGAAAGGUGAAAAAAAAUAGUGCGCCACAAGAGGACCAGAUGAGAGUGGUACAAGACGGAUACAGAUUUUUUUUGUUACUGCAAAUCUUCACAUUUGUGCUUUGUAUCAUCAGAGUAUAAAAUAAACAGUUUAUAUAUG